ACAUUCCAACUCCUCCUGCCGCUGCUCGUCCGAGGCGAGAUUUGGUCGUGCAAAGCCCCCCCAGCUCCCCUGAGGAUGGACAUAGCUCUCUUCUCGCCGUCUUCUCUCUUCGCCGACCCUGACGACUCUUCCUCUGAGGAACAGCAUGAGUCCGAGUCCGAGACUCCGCAGAGCUACGCGGAGAGGACGCACCGGUUUCCUGGAAUGGAUUUGGUCAUCCGGGAGUUUUCGUUCCACCAGCUGAAUGCUAAUCUUUUAUGGCCAGGGACAUUCGCAUUUGCUGAAUGGUUAGUUCAGCACCGGACAUGGAUAGAAGGACGGCACAUCAUUGAGCUCGGCAGUGGAACUGGAGCUCUGGCCAUCUUUCUGCAAAAAUCUUUUAGUCUUGACAUCACCACAUCAGACUAUGAUGAUCUGGAGAUUGAAGAGAAUAUAGCGCAUAACUGCAAGAUUAACGGAAUUACACCUGUCCUUCCUCAUAUAAAACAUUCAUGGGGAGACACCUUUCCUGUUGGUGAACCACAUUGGGACCUGGUCAUUGCUAGUGACAUUUUGUUAUAUGUGAAGCAGUACCAGAAACUGAUAACGACUCUCUGCUUUCUCCUGAAAAAUUAUAAGCCAAGAGCUGACAGGGCUGAUGUCAUGGAGACCAGUCAGAAAGCAGGAUCUUAUGUUGGGAUUCCACAGCCAGCAUUUCUUAUGAGUUGGCGACGCAGAAUUGGAAAAGAAGAUGAGUCUCUCUUCUUUAAUGGUUGUGAGGAUGCUGGACUAGAAGUGGAGCAUAUUGGCUCCAGGGUAUACUGUAUCAAACCUAGAGAAUAGAGAAUCAAAAUAGGCUGAGGUUGACAGUUAAUACUUGAUAGACAUGUAUUGACAGGCAAUACACUCAACGUGACUAGGUAGUAUUUUGAGCACAAACAGCACCAUUUCAUGGAUAUUCUUUGACAUUGGACACAGUGGGGACCUACUUUGCCCUUAUGUUUACUAGCUUAGGACCAACGCGGAAUGGUCUGGAGUUUUUGCACCUCCUAAGAUGAAAUGGAAAAUCAUGGGAAGGAUUGUGGUUUACAAACUUUGGGCAAUUUUUAGCUGUUAAAAGGAACUUUUGAGUCCUUUUAGUUUGUGCCUCUAUCCCACUAUUGAAAGAUGAUGGAUAGUUAUGUAGAUAUCAUUUUUGUUUCUAUUUACAGCAUCUUGGCAUUG